AGGAGGUUAGAGAAGGAGGAUGGGCUUAUUUUUAUCAACAUCGGAUAGCUCCUCGGAGUACUAUACCGCACCAAAUUCUCCUGAUCUUUCUUUCAAUAAUCAAUCUAAUGAAAAUUUCACUUCUUGGGCUCAUGAAAAACAUUCUGUGGCCUGUCAGACUGAUCUGUCUUUUCAGACUGAUCUGUCGGUUGUGGAUCCAUAUUGGGAGGUGCUGGACCCCAAACCCGAUAUCCACGUCCUAUUUGAAGAGUUUAAUGCGAAAUUCUUUGGUGGACAGUUGCCGCCAAUAGAACUUAAAUGGAGUAACAGGUUAUGCAUCGAUACGGGCGUUUUCAUACAUGAUGAUAAAACUGGAAUAUGCAAAAUUCACCUGAACAAACCUCUCCUUGAUUUACGGGCAAGGAAAGAUACAGUGCAAACGCUCCUGCAUGAAAUGAUCCACUACUACCAGCGACUCAGAGGAACGCAUGACCUUGAGCAUGGCGCAACCUUUCAGUAUCACAUGAAGCGAAUCAAUAGAGAAAGUGGCGCAAAUAUUACAAUCUAUCACGAUUUCAUUCAAGAAUACGAGUCACUGAAGCGCCACUGGUGGAAAUGCAAUGGCCCCUGUCAACAAGUCGUGAAGCGGCUUAUGAACAGGACUCCGGGCACCAAGGCGCACAAGCGCAAAUGCGGAGGAGACUUUAUAAAGAUCCAGGAACCAGAGAACAAGAGAAUGAGAACUGACCCAUAGAAUCACUUAAUUAAAGACAUCCUGUCAGU